CGCGGCGGCGACGCCUGUGCGUCUGUGUCCUGCCGGGCGAGCGGAGCGGAGCGGAUCGGAGCGUCUCCUGCAGCCGAGCGGACCAGGACCAUGUCGGGGAAAAACGCCCGCGUCUCCACCACCGACCGCGUCAUCAAAGCUGUACCCUUUCCUCCAACUCAACGACUUACUUUGAAGGAAGUAUUUGAAAAUGGGAAGCCUAAAAUUGAUGUUUUGAAAAGCCACUUGGUGAAGGAAGGACGACUGGAAGAGGAGGUGGCCUUAAAGAUAAUCAAUGAUGGAGCUGCCAUUUUGAGACAAGAGGACACUAUGAUAGAAGUAGAGGCGCCGAUCACAGUGUGUGGAGACAUUCAUGGACAAUUCUUUGACCUGAUGAAAUUGUUCGAAGUUGGAGGGUCACCUGAUAAUACACGCUAUCUCUUUCUGGGAGACUACGUGGACAGAGGCUAUUUCAGUAUAGAGUGUGUGCUCUAUUUAUGGAGUUUAAAGAUCAAUCACCCCAAAACAUUGUUUCUGCUACGAGGAAAUCAUGAAUGCAGACAUCUAACAGAAUAUUUCACCUUCAAACAAGAAUGUCGAAUCAAAUAUUCUGAAGAUGUGUAUGAUGCCUGUAUGGAAACAUUUGAUUGCCUUCCUCUUGCUGCUCUCUUAAACCAACAGUUCUUAUGUGUACAUGGAGGAAUGUCACCUGAAAUUAAUUCUCUAGAUGAUAUUAGGACUUUAGACAGGUUUAAAGAGCCUCCAGCCUUUGGACCAGUGUGUGACCUGCUUUGGUCUGAUCCCUCAGAGGAUUAUGGCAGUGAAAAGACUAUGGAGUAUUAUACCCACAACACUGUUCGGGGCUGCUCUUACUUUUACAGUUACCCUGCGGUUUGUGAAUUUUUGCAGAACAAUAGUUUGUUGUCAAUAAUUAGAGCCCACGAGGCCCAAGACGCUGGGUAUCGAAUGUACAGAAAGAGCCAAACAACAGGUUUUCCAUCACUCAUCACAAUUUUCUCUGCUCCCAAUUACCUAGAUGUCUACAACAAUAAAGCUGCCGUGUUAAAAUAUGAAAACAACGUCAUGAAUAUCAGGCAGUUUAACUGCUCUCCACACCCCUACUGGCUUCCCAACUUCAUGGAUGUUUUCACGUGGUCUCUGCCUUUUGUUGGGGAGAAAGUCACAGAAAUGCUGGUUAACAUUCUCAACAUAUGCUCUGAUGACGAAUUGAUUUCCGAUGAUGAAAAUGAAGGAGGCACUUCGGUCCGAAAGGAGGUCAUCAAGAAUAAAAUCAGAGCCAUUGGGAAGAUGGCCCGGGUCUUUUCAGUACUUCGGGAGGAGAGUGAGAGCGUGCUGACCCUCAAGGGCCUGACUCCUUCGGGGACACUCCCUCUGGGUGUCCUCUCAGGUGGGAAGCAGACUAUUGAGACAGCCACAGUAGAAGCGGUAGAGGCCCAGGAAGCCAUCAGAGGGUAUACACGUCAACACAGAAUCCGAAGUUUUGAAGAAGCUCGAGGUCUAGACCGAAUAAAUGAGCGGAUGCCACCUCGAAAAGAUGCCCAGAACCCUGAUAGGCCAGGGAAUCUGGAAACCCCUGUGCACACAAACACCACAUACAAGAGCGACUCGGGGAGGAAAGGCCAAUGAUGACUCGAGAGUCCUGGUGAUAAACAAGUGGAGCUCAAACUUAUGAACAAAUAUAUUUAUUUAUUAUUGGAAAAAGGAGACAACUUAAACCUGGAGGUGCAUUAAUAAUACACUCUGCAUUUAAUUCAGAACCAUUUUAUAAAUUCUUUUGAUUUCUGUUCAGUAAAAAUGAAAAGUGCAUUUGUUUUGCUUUUCUCCCUCCCUCCCUAAUUUUUAGGAACUGAUUUAAUUGAUGUCAAUACAUUUGUGAAGUGUUAUUCUAUGAAGGGGACUUCCCCUAAUAAAAGGGCCUUGCAAACA